AUGGAUGUCUGUAGCACUCGCAGUCCAGCGUUUCGAGCACCCGGACGCAAGCAGCAAGUCAUCCAAACGCAGUAUGAACCACAGGUUUACACGACUCAGCGUCCCCCACCAGCUCGGCCUGUCGACGUGCUUCCAUGCAAAUCCACAUUCGCUGCCACAGCCCAGUUCAACUCACCGCUUGGUGUUCUGUUCUUGGCCCAACACCCAGCGCGUGUUGAUUCAUCGACAAAUUCGAUCGUCGUGGCCGCAUCCUCUCCUCUGACAGCGCGAGCUCCUGUAUCACAAGCCGGAAGCUCGCAAACGAACGAGGCCUUGGGCGAGUCCGAACCCGUGCGAAUCGAGUUUCGUGCCUACCGUACCCUGUGUCCUGAGCGUCCUUCUCCAGCUCCCCAGCAGACGGCAUCGCAGUUCCGCCAGUCGCUUAGGGCUCAACCGCUCUCGUCGUCGUCGGCUGAGCCUAUCCGACGCCCGUUUACUGGCAAAAUGGCGCCCAAGCCGCUUCCCCCCUUUUGCCAAGUAUCAAAGACGGGGAACGGGCCGCGUGCCGAACGCGCAAAACACUCCAAAUAUCAUCUCCCAUGA